AUGACCUCUCGUAUUUGUCCGAGGGCCAUCAUCACCAUUGUCCGAGUGUUAGAACAACUAUCGAAGAAGAGGACAAGCGCAAGCCUGAGCAAGGGGCCCGACUGUGCCAGGGUUUCUAGUAUCCACUCUAUUCUUCUCUACUCUUUCGAACAAGUGAUUACAGGUGUUUUAGGUCCCCCACGAUGAGCCACCCAGAGCACAAUCCUUCGAUCGAGGACUCUCCAUCAAGGGUCACGCCACACCAACCAGUGCACUCGAAGAAAGCGGCCUCUGUGGGCAACGCACCGUGCGUCGCGUCCGAUAAGGCCGCUGCGGCUGCCGCCGGCUUCAAGGGAGGGCGCCAUCGAUCGCUGAGAAACGUCGAGGGCGAGAGACGAGACCUAGCCGCUGAAAAGGACAUGACCAAACCACUGGUUUCCUGUCGAGAUGAUGUCGACGAUGGACUGAGGAGGCAAGAGGGCACCACGUCUCUGCUGCGAGUCGUGCAGCGCAGCCCCGCCAGGACAUGCCUCGUCUUCACAUCGGUCUUGAUUUUCGUGGUCGUCGCGCUCGUCACACUGUCUAUCGCACUGUUCAUCAGAAACGCUUCCAAGAGGAGCGAAGACAGUGGCCACCAGUUGGAGAUGCGGGAGACCUCCUCAACGCAAGCUGCUCUUUGCGGCAAAGAGGCUUGCCGUCGGAUGGGCUCACUGCUCAAGGACUCUCUCGACGUGAGGCGCGACCCUUGCGAAGAUUUCCACGAGUACGUGUGCGGUUCGUGGCCAACGAAGCACCCGGGUCGCAGCGUCGCGCAGGUCCUCGCCUCGGCUUUUCGGAACAACGUCACCAGGCGUGCCAAAGACGUGCGCAUUCCCUAUGCGUUGGAAACCACGAAGCAGACCGCCGUGCAGAAAGCGGCGAGGCAUCUUGUCGCGUGCGACGACAUCGUCGCGGAGGAGGACGACCAGUCGGCGUACGUCGGGGAGGUCCUGGCGGAAGGCGUCCUUGCAUGGCCGGACGGCGGCGUCGACGGGAACACUUCUUCUGACGUCCUGGAUAGCAUGAUCUACAUGUCCCAGGUGGUCAAGAUACCGGUGCUCUUAGAAGUAACCUUGAUGAGUGGAUCCAAGCAGCGGGUCGUCAUUAGAAGGCCGAAGAACGCGGCGUCAGUUCUGGCGGCAAGCAGUUGGCGCAUUAAUAACAUGACGUCCCGGAAAUAUGAGGAGUACUUCCGUGCUGUGUAUGGCGCCUUGUCACAGCGCAAAAAUACUUCGGACUUUCGAGAAAGAGCCAGUAAGAUGUCACGCUUGGAAACUGCGCUGAUGUCUUCUGUUAGUCCUUCGCUUUCUACCCACCAUUCUAAAGGUAAAGAUGGCGCAGUGUUCACCGACUUAAUGAGAAUUCAAAGCCUAUCGCCAUCUAUUUCGAAAAAGCGCUGGUUGAAAGCCUUUCGCAGUUCUUUGAAUAUCUCCGAUAAAAACAGCGUCCUCGUCGUCAUUCACGACCGUCGUUAUUUUCGCGCCGUGUUCGCCUUGCACAAGAAGCUCGGAGAGGAUGAUUUUGCGGAACUAUACGGCUGGCUGUGCGCCCAAGUGCUAGUACCAUUCACCAGCAGGCGCAUCAUAGCGAAAGCGGCAAUUCCCGAUUCACAAGACGCCGUUCUGGAAACUCACAGGGAGCGGUGCUUCGCCGACAGCGACCGCGUCUUUCACUACGCGCUCGAGUACCCGUACCUUAGCGACGUCGUUACCGCCGGAGUGAGGGAUGACGUCGGUAAGCUGAUGCAAAGGAUGGGCCGUUCCUUCGUCAACGUGCUUUCGCGUGCGAAAUCUGCUGCCCUUAGAGACAAGUGCACGAGUGAUGCCCUCGAGAAGUCGGCAUCAGCUUACACGGGCCUCUUCAGGCGAACUGUACCGGAGUAUUUCGAUGAUCUGUACGAGAGCUAUCCUGACAUGACGCUCAGCGCUGUAACGAACUGGAUAAGUACAGCGCCGUAUGUAUCCGCACUGAAUGGAAGCUACGUACAAGGCAACUUCGGAGACGCAGUGGGCGAGCGACAUGGCGGAGCCUGGAGGACGGACAUGGAGGCUAGUUACCUAGACGUGCCUUGGUACGCAGUAGAUGCGCCCAGCGCGAUAAAGAUCGCUGGGAUCGGGUCUAGAAUAGUCGUAAGACUGUUCUCAGAGCUAAUAUUACGCCAAAAGACUUGCGAAAAAGCGGUGUUCACCGAAAUUGAAGCUGCAUGGCGUUGUAUGGCAAGCGCAAUGAACGAACAGCUGCUGGACUAUGGGGCUAUCAAGAAAGAUGUUGUGUCAGUAAUGAUAACCCGUUCUAUUCUCUGGGAUGCUUUCAGAGGACGUACGGGGUAUAGAAUGAACGGCACGGUACUGGAGGAUUACCCUGAUUUACCCGAAUCGGCACUGUUCUUUGUCUUCGGCUGCUUGUGGUCGUGCGGAGAGGACAUUGAUGUGGCAAAGACCCUUUGCAACCUUCCUCUUAGGCACGACGUGAACUUUGCCGAGACAUUUUCUUGCGUUCCCGGGUCACCCAUGAGGCCUGAAGUUCAAUGUCCCCAUGCUUUCUCAGCCAGCCCGAUGGACUAAUUACAAUCACGUGUUACGUGCGAGCCAUAAAAU